AGCGUGGCAGUAGAUUUCCAUGUAAGGGGCGGAUCGUUAUUUUUGGCUCAGACGAAUAUGGAUAAAGGGACCCCACAUCGCCGUCAGUCCGCCACUCGCUGCUUGGUCCCUUGGAAGACGAACGCCUUCAGCGCGUCAACGAUUUUUUACAUUUCUUAACGAACCUAAAAAUCAAUCAAGAUGUGUGACGAUGAUGUUGCGGCGUUGGUCGUGGACAAUGGGUCCGGUAUGUGCAAAGCUGGAUUUGCUGGAGAUGAUGCUCCUCGCGCUGUGUUCCCGAGCAUUGUGGGACGUCCCCGUCAUCAGGGAGUGAUGGUCGGUAUGGGACAAAAAGACUCAUAUGUAGGAGAUGAGGCCCAGAGCAAGAGAGGUAUCCUCACUCUGAAAUACCCAAUUGAGCACGGUAUCAUCACCAACUGGGAUGAUAUGGAAAAGAUCUGGCAUCACACUUUCUACAAUGAACUCCGUGUUGCCCCUGAGGAACACCCAGUCCUCCUCACAGAGGCUCCCCUCAACCCAAAGGCUAACCGUGAGAAGAUGACCCAGAUCAUGUUCGAAACCUUCAACAGCCCAGCCAUGUAUGUCGCCAUCCAGGCUGUCCUCUCCCUGUACGCCUCAGGUCGUACCACUGGUAUUGUCCUGGACUCUGGAGAUGGUGUAUCCCACACUGUUCCCAUCUAUGAAGGUUACGCCCUCCCCCACGCCAUUCUCCGUCUGGACUUGGCUGGUCGUGACUUGACCGACUACCUCAUGAAGAUCCUCACCGAGAGAGGAUACUCCUUCACCACUACAGCUGAGCGUGAAAUUGUCCGUGACAUCAAGGAGAAACUCUGCUAUGUCGCCCUGGACUUUGAACAGGAAAUGGCCACCGCCGCCGCCAGCACCUCCCUCGAGAAGAGCUACGAGCUUCCCGACGGACAGGUGAUCACCAUCGGUAACGAGAGGUUCCGUUGCCCCGAGGCUCUCUUCCAGCCAUCCUUCUUGGGUAUGGAAUCCUGCGGUAUCCACGAGACCGUCUACAACUCCAUCAUGAAGUGCGACGUCGACAUCCGUAAGGACUUGUACGCCAACACCGUACUCUCCGGUGGUACCACCAUGUACCCAGGUAUUGCUGACCGCAUGCAGAAGGAGAUUACCGCCCUCGCUCCCUCAACCAUCAAGAUCAAGAUCAUCGCUCCCCCAGAGAGGAAAUACUCCGUCUGGAUCGGUGGCUCAAUCCUCGCCUCCCUCUCUACCUUCCAGCAGAUGUGGAUCUCCAAACAGGAGUACGACGAGUCCGGCCCUGGCAUUGUUCACCGCAAGUGCUUCUAAAUCAUCUCCCACCGACCUCCAGCUUCAUUAAAGCAAUAAAUAAAAAGAUUCCCCAAACAUAUCCAUUGAAAAUCAGCCAUUCAUCAACCGGAGGAGAUAAUCUUAUCCUGAGAAUCAUCACCAGCCAGGAGAGUAACACCACAUGCUAAUUAACAUCACAAAAGGGGUAACAAAUCAGCCGACAAUCAGGAUGGACUCUAAAAUUUUACUUUUACGAAAAAAAAACUACUCAAGUGCCUUUAUAACACACAUUUAUCAGACUGUACCGUACUCUGUAGUUUAUACAACAUGAUUAUUUGUUAUUAACCCUAAUAAUUUAUUAUUUAGUCCUCAACUCGUCAGUACGACAAAAGGGGACAAAUAACACCGACAGUUGCCCCACCCCGUCGAUCCAUCGAUGCAUCUCCGAUGCCCGUUCAAUCAAUCACAACACGAAAGAAUCUCAAUGAUUAGCAUUCAUAUAAUUAUAAGAAUAAACAACACCACCAAAGAUAAAAGAAGCAAACGCAUGCCAUCCAACAUCCAACAUCUGUCACUCGCUGGCUCAUAUUGUUGUCCAGCCUAAUGUCGUUCUUCUUAUCAUAUCCUUAUAAAUAAUAAUUAUAAUAAAACUUAUUGUAUAUUAAGAAAA